AUGGACCCAACAGAACAGCCCUCGAAACAUGCAGAAAAUCUACAAAUUCCCGUAUCUGCGGACGAGGGAGCGUGUGAUGUCGAGCACGGCCGGUUGCCAGAAACUCGGGAAAAGUGUCAAGGGAGACUCGAGCCGAAGGAGAGCAAGAGAGAUGCUCAAGGUCAGGACAUGCUGGAGCCGUGGGAGCCGUCCGUCGGACCGCAUUCCGCCUUUACGCUGUGGCAGAAGCGGCUCAUCGUCUCCCUCGGCGCCGCCGGCGGCUGGUUCUCCACCGCGAGCAGCUUCAUCUUCUUCCCCGCCAUCCCGUUCCUGGCCCGGGACCUGCGCCAGAGCACGGAGCGCAUCAACCUCACGGUGACGUCGUACCUGAUUGCCUCGGGCGUGUUCCCGUCCAUCAUUGCCGGCCUGUCGGACGUGUACGGACGGCGGCCCAUCUUCAUCGCGGCGCUGGGGUCGUACGUGGCCGUCAACAUCGGGCUGGCGCUGCAGCGGUCCUUUGGCGUCUUGCUCGGGCUGCGGAUGCUGCAGGCGGCCGCAGUUUCUGGAACAUUCUCGUUCGCGUAUGGAGUGCUCGGCGAUGUCACGACUCCUGCGGAUAGAGGCGGAUUCAUUGGGCUCAUGUCCAUCUUCCUUAAUACACCGCAGAGUGUUGCCCCCCUCAUCAGCGGCUUGCUGCUGGUUCGAUGGAGCUGGCCGACGAUUUUCUGGUUCCUGGCCCUGGCGUCCGGGACCGUGUUCCUCUCCGUUCUCUUCUUCUUGCCAGAGACGUGCCGCAACGUGGUGGGAGACGGAACACUGCCCACGAAAUGGCCGAACAAGGUCAUCCUGCCAUGUUUGAAACCACCGAGGCCACGCCAGUCUGCCGGGUCCGCUGAAGCGGCCAAGCCAGUUCGGAAAAAGAUGAUUACGCCGCUGGAAAUAUUCAUGAUUUUCAAGAACCCCGGGACAACACUGUCGAUCCUCUGCUACGGCCUGUUUUACACCAUGUACUCUUGUCUGCAGACUUCAUUGUCGACCAUCUUUGUGGAGCAAUACCGAGUGUCCGGGCUUGCAGCAGGGUUGUCGUACUUGCCUUUUGGCGUGGCUUCGAUGACUGCGGCAAUCUUUGCAGGCAAACUUCUAGACAAGGAGUAUGCAAGGGUGGCUACAAGUCAAGGCAUUACGCUGGUCAAGGGCCGGCUAGACGACCUGACAGACUUUCCGAUUGAGCGCGCAAGGCUCGGAGUGACCAAGUACGCCGUCCUUCUUUGCGUGCCUUGUAUUGUCGGGUACGGAUGGGCAUUACAAUAUCACGCCGUACGUCAACUUCACGGUGAGUACAAGAACGAAUCACGACGCACGCCGAACGGGGGUACGGAGCUGACGACGGAGGCGCAGUCGCUCAACGCGCUUCUGGCCGACUACCACUCGGACAGGACGGCGACGGCGCAGGCGGCAUGCAACCUGUUCCGGUGCGAACUGGCGGCGGGGGCGCUGGCGCUGCUGGACGUGAUGCUGCGCCGGUUGGGGCCUGGGUGGUGCUUUGUGGUGAUUGCGGUGGUGCACGGCGUGGCGUUUCCGUCGGUGUGGGCGGUGGAGCGGUACGGGCUGGCGUGGCGCAGGAGCGGGAAGCAGGACAUCGGGGGCAAGUGA